CGAAUCCUGAGCCAAUUUAUCAGCCAAUUUUGGAUGCAUUCAGAAGACAAGAGGACAGGCAAAGAUGGCAUGUAUCAAAAAUGCCUGAAAAGAGUGUGUAACAUCUGAAAAUUCUGUGUUCAGAAACCAUAGGAACUGCCCAGCUAUUCGUUUUUAUUCUCCCUUUUUGUGGCAAUUAAUUAUAUUUAGUUUCUUCGUGUGUAUUUACGGCAAAAUUGCACAAAUAUUUUAUGUAUUACUAAACAAAUUUACAGUAAUAAUAAAUAGAAGGAAAGUCGGCACACGUUACAAGCGAAUUUUUCCAAUACAAACAAUAAGAGUGUGCGAAAAAAAAUACUGUUUUGAAAUGGCUCGUGAUUAUGAUCAUCUUUUCAAAUUGCUAAUCAUCGGAGAUAGUGGUGUCGGAAAAUCAUCCCUCUUACUUAGGUUUAGUGACAACACAUUCACAGGAACAUACAUUACAACAAUAGGCGUUGACUUUAAGAUUCGAACGGUCGUAAUCGAUGGCGAACGUGUCAAAUUACAAAUCUGGGAUACUGCUGGUCAAGAACGUUUCAGAACGAUAACGAACACAUACUACCGUGGCACACACGGCGUAAUUGUUGUAUAUGACGUCACAAAUGGUGAUUCUUUCGCAAAUGUAAAACGAUGGUUGCAGGAAAUUGAAUCCAACUGUGAAGUUGUAAAUAAAAUAUUAGUUGGAAAUAAAGAUGACGAUCCCGCUCGUAAAGUUGUAAUAACGGAAGAUGCUCAACGUUUUGCCAACCAAAUGGAUAUCCAGUUAUUUGAGACUUCAGCCAAAGAUAAUAAAAAUGUGGAAAAAAUGUUUUAUGCAAUCACGGAGUUGGUGCUGAAACACAAAAAACAACAACAGAGGCUGCAAAAUGCCAAUGACAAGAAUGACGUUGUACAGUUAGGGAAAGGUAGUAAUAAAAAGAAAGGUAGUAAAUGCUGUUAGGGUACACACAUUAAAUAUUAUUUUAGUAUAAUUUUAAAUAUAACGAAACAGUUUAUCGUCUGUCUUUUACAAAAAGGAUAGUUAUCAUUUUGUUUGUAUUAAAGUAAAAUAUUCGAUAAAAGUGAAAAUAAAGCCAUGUCACGAUUUAGAAAUAGCAUUAAGUGAUGAUAUUUCAAGAAAGAAGUUUUAUACCAUUAUUAUUAUAUAAAAUUAAAUUAAAAAAUAAAAAAUAAUUAUAAUUGAAACAGCAUUAGAACAAAACUAUAAGGAAUCAUUGUCAUAAAUUGUAAACAGCAAACUAAUCAUAGUGCUUUUAAAAGAAACAAAAUUUGAAAAAAAGUGUUUACUAUCUAUUAUGUUUCACAUGAAACAGUAAACGAUAAGAUUGAUAAUUUUUGACAACAAUUUCUAUUAUUACUAUUAUGGCACACUGAAAUAAAACAUUUUAGAAUACCAAUACGGAUAAAAAAAAAGUUAUCAGAAAUAUGAAAAAAAUAGAUUUUUAUGGCACGGGUGUCAAUUUUUUUUUUCUUAAACAUUUUAUUAAUAGACAGUUUCUUUUUUUUCUUAUCAUUUUUUUUAAAUUUAAACUAAAUGCUUUUAAUAAGUAAGUUUUUUUGUUCGCAAUUAAUUGUUACAUCAGUUCAAAUUAUAUUAACUUGAUAUUCAAUAUAUUUAAAUUUUUAUCAAAUUAAAGUCUAUUUUUUCUAUUUUGCGCCAAAUAUAUGAUAUACACUGACAACUAUUU